CAGCGAUUGGACGCGCCUUUCUGUCGCUCAUGCUUUCCUGUUUGGAAGUGAACAAACAUGGCGGCACCCGUAAGUGAAGUGCAGAUGGUCCCUGUGAAAAAGCCCACAGUCAGAGGCCCACGACGAGUGGCCAAUCAAAUUCCAGAUGAAAUCCUCCAAGAUCCCGAGCUACAGGAAGCCAUCAAAGUCCUGCCAACAAACUACAACUUUGAGAUUCACAAGACCGUUUGGAGAGUGAGGCAAGCAAAAGCAAAGAGAGUCGCCCUGCAGCUUCCAGAGGGCCUGCAGAUGUUUGCCUGCACCAUUGCUGACAUAAUCGAGAGAUUCACAGAGGCAGACACCAUCAUUAUGGGGGAUGUGACGUAUGGGGCCUGCUGCGUGGAUGACUUCACUGCACGUCCCCUGGGAGCCGAUUUUAUGGUUCACUACGGCCACAGUUGUCUCAUCCCCAUAGAUUCCACCGCAGGCAUUAAGAUGCUGUACGUGUUUGUGGACAUCCAGAUGGACAAUGCACACUUCAUGGACACAGUGAAGUUCAACUUCAAGCCCGGACAAUCUCUGGCACUUGUCAGUACUAUCCAGUUUGUGGCAGCAUUGCAGGCUGUGAGUUCAGCCCUGAGGCCAGAGUAUGAUGUGCUUGUGCCCCAGUGUCGGCCUCUGUCACCAGGAGAAAUUUUAGGCUGCACCUCUCCUCGCUUGGACCGCCAUACCGAUGCCAUAAUUUAUCUUGGAGAUGGACGAUUUCAUUUGGAGUCGAUUAUGAUCGCAAACCCAGACAUCCCUGCCUACAGAUAUGACCCCUACAGUAAGGUGUUCUCCCGCGAGUACUAUGAUCACAAGGCCAUGCGUUCUCUGAGACUGCAGGCUAUUGACAAGGCUCGACUGGCCCAGAGAUGGGGUCUGAUCUUAGGUACACUGGGCAGACAAGGUAGUCCCAAAGUCCUGGAGCAUUUAGAGUCAAGGCUUCAGAGUCUGGGCAAGUCCUUCACUCGGGUGCUGCUUUCUGAAAUCUUUCCCAGCAAGCUGGACCUGAUUCCAGACGUAGAUGCGUGGGUCCAGAUCGCCUGCCCACGCCUCUCCAUCGACUGGGGAACAGCGUUCUCCAAACCCCUGCUGUCUCCAUACGAGGCAUCUGUUGCUUUAAAGGAAGUAGACUGGAAGGAAGUAUAUCCGAUGGACUUCUAUUCCAAUCAAAGCUUGGGAGCGUGGACACCCAACCACCCUGAAAACCAACCAGCACGGUCCGCUCGGAGACAGACCCAGAAACAAAGCACGGAGCCAGCCCACCCUACCAGGACCUGUGAGCAGAGUCAGGGCGCCCUCUGUGGAUGUCAAAAGGAAUGACACUUCGUAACUGCUGCUGUCUUUGAUUCAUCUCAUGCCUGCCUGUAUAGAGAAGAGAAGGUCGAGGGGAGGGAGGGUCUGUCCAGACUAACACCAAGUGAAGCUGUAAGCCAGAAGAGUUAUUUGUCCUCAUUAGCAGGAUUUAGCAGCUAGGUUUAAUCCGUCUUCAUGACCCAGAAGAUCAAACAUACUCAUAGCUCAUUUUUCAGUUUUUGGUAAUAUGUUUCGUUUAAAUAGAGGCAAAUGAAUGCCCACCUGAGUUUUAGUUUUCAUAAUGGAGUUCUCUGCUCCUAAUCUACCUGUGCAGGAGGAACACGCUGCUCUUUUCUUUACCUCAUGCAUAUGCUUUUAUGACAGAGCGAGAAAGAGCUGGAUUUGACCUUGAGCAUGUUGUAUGGAAUAAAGUGCGUUAGCGUGGGCGUCUUUAGUCAAACGCAGCCCAUUUGUGAGAAAGCAUUGUAAUUUGUCUGGCAUUUCUCAUUACCUUACGACUCUGAGCCACUCAGACAUUUGAUGGAAGGCAUUUCAGUUGAUGAACAGUGUAAAUAUCAAAGAAGCAACAUUGUCUGUUUUUCUACUUUGCCUCGUCUUAUUUUAAUCCAAUAAAUCAAAAAUCAAACCUUG